UUUGAGCGCAAGUGUUAAUUCAAAAGAAAAAUACCGCACGGCGCAUGCGCACUGCGUUUUUCCAAUUCCACAAAAGAAAAGUCAAAUUAGAUAGAGUCACUUUUUCGAACUACUCAAGUUAUCAUAACGAUAAAAAUGUUAUUGAUCUUUUAAAAUUAUUGCAAGGUGGUUUUUAAUAAAAAAAAAAAAUUUUAACAAUCACUAAAUUAAUGAAACGCGAAAUACAUAUUAUUAAUAAUAUAAUACGUUAAUAAAAGUCCAAGGACUAACCUCUCAUAUCGUAGACAGUGAUCUGUCAAAAUAUUAGUUUCCAUUAAUAAAUAAUUUCAAUUUCAUAUGGACGCCGAAGCACAAUGCAUAUUCUGUAAAAUAAUAAGAAAUGAAAGUCCUAGUGAAAAGAUUUAUGAGGCAAGUAAAGUUACAUGCAUUAAAGAUAUCCAUCCAGCAUCAGAUCAUCAUUACUUAAUUUUGCCAAAUAAGCAUAUACGUAAUGCCAAAGAGUUAAAACCUGCCGACAGCAAGCUUUGUGAGUUAACAAAAUUAAAUUUGAUUAUUUUUAAAUAUGGAAAAACAAGACUCGAUACAAUUCUACCAAGGACUGGUUUCCAUUGGCCACCAUUUAACACAGUAAAUCAUCGUACUUUACAUGUUAUUUCUCCUGUAGAAAUAUGUCCAUUAUCAAACGAAACAAUGUUUAAACCCAAUCUCUGUGGUUCGUCAACGUACGUAUUAACAAUAAAUUAAUUAUUUGAUGUCUGUGCAUUCAUUAUAUAAACUACUUUAUCAAUGUACCUUUUGUUCUUUUUACAGGACAGACUAUGUGAAAUCACGUUUAGAAAAGAAAGAUACAUAGCUUAAUUAUUAUUCAAAUUUAUAAGUAUUUAUAUUGUUAUAUAUACUUUUAUAGUUAUAUUAUCAUUUCAAUUUGACUGUACAAUGUUGUAAGUAAAAAAUUCUAUUUAAAACUUAUUUAAUUUUAUAUAAAGCAUUUAGUACGUUAGUCUUUAAUUGACAAAUUUUUGAUAAAUUCCCUUUAUUACAUAUACGUUGCCAUUCUGUUCCAUCAGGAAGAUAUAAUCGAAAUGCAAUCAUUUUGAGCUUAGUCGAAUACCUGGAGUAAUAGGUGGCAUAUAGCAUGCAUUUCUAGCUCUACUGGAUCUUCAAAAUGUUUCAUGUUGUUGAUCUACAUAUUCUAUAACACGACCCUAGUUGUUCCGCUAAGAGAUAUGAAAUCCCACAUUUGAAGAUGCUGAACCAUUUCGCAUAAACCCUAUACCUCCACAGCAUGUGGGCAUACUGGUACUAGAAAAAUAAAUUUUAAUUAGAAACGAUUUUUUCUAAGUUAAAUACAUAUAUAUAUAUAUUAUAUAUAUAUAUAUAUAUAUA